AUUGGAAGCUGUGGAGCUCUCUUUUUCAAAACAGUUUUAUAGAUGAAGCUCUUCAUUUACGCUUGUACAAAGGAAUGAAGAGAGUUUAAAUUCAUCUUAGAAAGCUACUCAACAGCUUCAUGGAUGAAACUGAUGAGAUUUUGCAAACGGGUCCUACACAUUCGAAAUAUCUAAAUGAGCGGUCAAGCAUGGUUUCUUUGGACGAUGUUGAAGACUUGGAUCAGAAACGCCAUCCGGGACACCGUGACCAGGUCCGGCGGCGAAGCGAGAUGGUGUCAUCCAAGAAAGUGUGCGUGGUCGGCGCUGGCGUGUCGGGGCUGGCGUGUGCCCGCGAGCUGCUCCGCGAGGGCCACGACGUGACGGUCAUGGAGCAGAGCGGCGGCGUCGGCGGGCAGUGGCUGUACGACCCGAGGGCGGACGGCGGCGACCCACUCGGCGCUGCCGGCGCGCACAGCAGCAUGUACGCCUCCGUCCGGCUCAUCAGCCCGAGGGAGCUCACGGGCUUCUCCGACUUCCCCUUCUUCCCCAGAGACGACGGCACCGGCGACUCCCGGCGGUACCCGGGGCACGCUGAGUUCCUGAGGUACAUCAGGGACUUCUGCGACGCGUUCGGGCUCAUGGACGUCGUCAGGCUCAACACCAAGGUCCUGCGCGUCGGCCUGGCGGCGCCGCGUGCCGCUGAUGACGGUGACGGCAUCAAGCGGUGGACGGUGAGUUGGUCUAGACAUCGUGGCUGCGAUGGCGAGGUGGUCACCACGGAGGAGGAGGUGUUUGACGCCGUCGUCGUCGCCGUCGGCCAGUACACCCAGCCACGGCUCCCAACCAUCAGAGGCAUGGACAAGUGGAGCAGGAGGCAGCUGCACUCCCACUCGUAUAGGGUCCCCGAUUCCUUCCACGGCGAGGUGGUGGUGAUCGUGGGCUUCCGUCAUAGCGGCGUGGACAUCGCGCUGGAGCUCUCCAAGUUGGCGAGGGAGGUGCACGUCAGCGUCAAGUCCAUGGAGGCGCUCACUCCCGCCGUGUCCAAGGCCGUCGCCAGGCACAGCGACCUGCACCUGCACCUCCAGAUCGAGUGCUUGCGCGAGGAUGGGCAGGUAACGUUCGCCGACGGCUCGCGUGUCGCCGCCGACUCCAUCAUCUACUGCACCGGGUACGACUGCUCGUUCCCGUUCCUGGACACGGGAGGCCUGGUGACCGUCGACGACAGCCGCGUCGGCCCGCUGUACGAGCACACGUUCCCGCCGGCGCUGGCGCCGUCGCUGUCCUUCGUGGGGUUGCCGAGGAUGGUGCUGGUGCCGCGGUUCUACGAGGCGCAGGCGAGGUGGGUGGCGCAGGCGCUGUCGGGCUGGCGGCCGCUGCCGCCGUCGGAGGAGAUGGCGCGCUCCGCCGAGGAGUACCACCGCGCCAGGGAGGCGGCCGGCGUGCCCAGGCGCCUCUCGCACGCCCUCUUCUUCGACAUGGACUACUGCGACGAGUUCGGGGCCAAGCACUGCGGCUUCCCGCCGGUGGAGGGGUGGAAGAGGGACCUCCUGUCGUUGUCUCUCGCAAGCGCCAGCGACGGCGCCGUGGAGAGCUACCGUGACAGCUACCAUGACAGCGACCUGGUUCGGGAGGGAUUGCGCUCCGAGGGCUGGUGGCCGUGGCUCCCAGAUCCACAAUGAAGACGACGGCGCAGAGAUUCACAACUACCGCCACGCAGCGCUGCUGGCUGCUGCACUACUCUAGGUACUUUUUGUUACAAGAUAGUGUACUGUGAUCGAGCUCAUCCACCCAUCCAUUGUAACAGUUAUUAUCCAAGGGUCAUACCCUUGGUAAUCCUAUGUACGUAUGUAUAUAAGGACUACUCUCUGUAAUAAACAACAGUUACUGGCCUCUGUCAUUUUGUUUC